GCGUUCCCAGAGCACACUAGCCAUCCGCGGCGCGCGCAGGUCAGAAGCAAGGAGGCGAGACAGAAAUGGCGGCGACGGCGGGGGAAGCAGCGUGAUAUGAUGGAGCAAUAAAACAACCUAAAAAUACAAAUGUCAGUCCAUUGUCGAGAAAAUGAAAAAGAUGUCGAAUUAGGCCGUAUUUUGUAAUAAUUAUUACAAAAAAACUAACACCUUCCCCGGAGAACGUCCAUCUUCUGAUUGGAAAAGAGAAUCUCACAGGGAGCAUGGCUUCUCAGAGGAACGUUAACCAGUACAUCUUCGGGGAGUUCAGCCCUGAUGAGAUCAAUCAGUUCUUCGUGACUCCACGAUGUUAUGUUGAGCUUCCCCCCUUCAAUGACAAAGUCUCCUGCGUCAGUCAGUCUUCAGGAAGUUACUGCACUCCUGCUGUGCCUUACAUUGCGGAGUCUAUGAGACGGCAGGUUUGCGGCGAAGACUACCAGCGCAUAGAGUUUGGUGUGGACGAGGUGAUGGACUUGGAGCCUGUGGGAGUGAAGGAUCCUCUCUUCAAGGUGUCCAGCACUCUGAACCCCCAGGCUCCAGAGUUCAUCCUGGGAUGCCAGCCGUCUCAGAAGGUCCCGCAGACAGCCACAGCCCUCUCUCCGGCAGCAGACAUCCCAGACGGAGCACAAUACAACUCACUGGACGAACCAGAUGGCCCGGACGGACCUGAUGGCCCAGACUCUGAGCCCUCCGCCAUGGACGGCAACCAGAACUGCCAGGAUGGGGACGGGGGCCCGGGCAGCCUGGGCCAACGGGAGAGGAAGAAAAAGAAAAAGCGCCCGCCAGGAUACUACAACUACUUGGAGGGCUCAGGUCCCAAUAGCGGUGGCAUGGGAGUGGACGGGCCUUCUGGAAAGGGGUUGGUGAAUGGACAUGUUCUUAGCGGCCCUCACCUCGGGUCGCAGGACAUGGUUGGUAAGGCGUUGUCAGGGGGCGGACUUUCCACCUCAGCCCCUGUCGCUACGGCAGCAGCGAAUCAGAGGACUUGUGAUAGCCCUGAUGAAUCGUCUUUGGACUUCAUGAGUGGAGCUGCCUCUUUAUCAGAUGGUAAAGACGCGGCCUCGUCCUCUUCUUCCUCCUCCUCUCAGAGCAGUGGGGUGGCAGAGGGAGGCAGAACUGCAGAGCAGCAGCCCGAGAACAUGGCUCCAGAGAGCCCUGAACUGCUGGGCCGCGGUGGGCACAGCCCCUGCCCCACCUCCCCUCCUCCCCCCUCGGUUGCUGUGGCCAGCCCCCCUGCCACCAUUGCUACUGCUACUACUGAAGAAGAGGAGGAGACUAGGGACAGUGGGGUGGCUAAUGGGCUGGCUGAGCCCCAUGCUGGCAUCAGUGCAGACAGACACAAGGAGGCCUCUGAGAUGUUGGAGCAGCCCCAGCAGCAGUCCCCAGCUCCCUCAGUGGAGCCUGCUUCCUCCCCAGACUCUGAGGCCCAGCCGGCGGUGGCAGAGCAGCCUAAGUCGCCUACCCCUCCGGCUGUGCCCACUGCCAACCCUCUCAAAUCCUGGGCAAGCCUCUUCCACAACUCCAAGCCUCUGCCUGGAAGCCCUCAGGCCUAUGUGGAGGUGAAGAAUGUGGUGGAGGUCGUGGCUCCCUCCCUGGCUGCUGUGGAGCAGCAUGAGAAGGCUGGGGAGGUGAAGGAAAACCCUGUCCAUGUAUCAGAGGAUCCCAUGGCCCCUAAACUUGCAGAACUAAUUGAGAAUGUGAAGUUGAUACACAAACCAGUGUCUUUGCAACCAAGAGGGCUGAUCAACAGGGGAAACUGGUGCUAUAUCAACGCUACAUUGCAGGCCCUGAUUGCUUGCCCCCCAAUGUAUCACCUGUUUAAGUCCAUUCCCCUGUUCAAUGACACCCAGAGACCCUGUACUUCCACACCCAUGAUGGACAACUUUGUAAGGCUUGUCAAUGAGUUCAACAAUAUGCCUGUGCCAUCCAAAGCCAAGCAGCAAGCUGCUGGUGAAAAGAUAAUAAAAGACAUUCGACCAGGUGCUCCUUUUGAACCCAACUACAUCUACAGACUCCUCACCCUCAUCAAGUCGAGUCUCUCGGAGAAGGGUCGACAGGAGGAUGCGGAGGAGUACCUGGGUUUCACCCUCAACGGACUGCAUGAGGAGAUGCUGGCUUUGAAAAAGCUAAUCUCCCCUCAGGAAGAGAAAGCCCCAACACCCAACGGCCCAGAGUCCCAGUCAGGUGUGGAUGAUGCUGCUGCUGAUAAGGAGGAGGGGAGCGAGGACGAAUGGGAGCAAGUGGGCCCCCGAAACAAGACCUCCAUUACCCGUCAAGCUGACUUUGUCCGCACCCCUAUCACUGACAUAUUCGGAGGGCACAUCCGGUCGGUGGUGUACCAGCAGAACUCUAAGGAGUCAGCCACCCUGCAGCCCUUCUUCACCCUGCAGCUGGACAUCCAGUCAGAGAAGAUCCGCACCGUUCAGGAGGCCCUGGAGACCCUGGUGGCACGGGAGUCAGUUCAGGGCUACACCACUAAAACCAAGCAGGAGAUUGAGAUCAGCCGGAGAGUGACCCUAGAGGAGCUCCCUCCAGUGCUGGUGCUCCAUCUCAAGAGAUUUGUGUUUGAGAAGACUGGAGGCUGUCAGAAACUGAUCAAGAACAUUGAUUACCCUGUAGACCUGGAGAUCAGCAAAGAUCUCCUCUCUUCAGGGGUGCGGAGCAAAAUUUUCAAAGGCCAAAGAACCUACAGGCUCUUUGCAGUUGUCUAUCACCAUGGGAACAGCGCUACAGGCGGCCAUUACACCACAGAUGUCUUCCACAUCGGUCUGAACGGCUGGCUGCGCAUUGACGACCAGGCAGUGAAGGUCAUCAACCAGUACCAGGUGGUGAAGCAGACUGCUGAGCGCACUGCCUACCUGCUGUACUACCGUCGCGUCGACCUGCUGUAGACACCACACACGCGUACAUGCACACGCACACAGAGCAACACUCAUUUUACACAUUCAACUACACAUACACUCCCACUACAGACAUACACACUCAAGUGCACAUACACAUGCAUACAUUCAAACACACACACAAACUAAUGAACAGGAACACUGCCCAACUUCUUCUAUUGCAAGAUUUUCUUCUUCCUCCCCCCUUCCUCCUCAUCCCUGCUUUUCCAGAGAGCCAGCUUUUCCAACAAUGCCUUUUUUCCUUUUAUCUUUUUUGAAAGAAUUAGGGGGGGAAAGGACGCGUUGUAAAAUAAUUUCCCUGUGAUGGCUUCCUCUUCUCUGUGCGCCACUGAUGUUUUUUUUUAAUGCUGCGAGGAGAGACUGUUGAAUGGACUGAGGGGAGGGGACCUUGAGACUCGCCUCUGAACUUACAGCCUCGUUCAGACUGGGAACAGUGGGUAGUUCGUCCUGUGGGUAAAGUAUCUAUCUACAAUACGAGGCUGCAGAUGGACGGUUGGCCUGCUGGAGAGAAGUUGUUUAUCUACUCAAAUGUUUUUUUUUUUGUGUUUUUUUUUGAAAAUGGCAUAAAAUAAUCAGUUUUGCCUUUUAGCAAGGGGAGUUGUUAUCCUAAUGAAUUUGCAGCAGUUUAAACACCUGUUGAAAUUUUGCCGGAGUUUGUCGGAAAAAGGCCCAGCACCAGCAAACGACAAAACGUUAUUGGAUGAGUCUCUAACUCCAGAGGCAAGAUGCUCUUCAUGGCCACCAUCUCUUCUUACUUCUCCACCUUCCUCACUUUUCUGAUGCUUUUAAAUCUAGGUAAAACUUGAGCCAUCAAAAAAUAGAAAAAAUGACAGGAGAAGAGGUGCUGCUACAGUGUGCUGAAACUAAACAGCUUUGUUUGAAAGAACCUUGUGGUUUCUGGGUGUGGAAUUAGAAUGACGAUUUAAAACAAUUUUAAUGUGCUUUAGGAUUUAAAUGAUGAUUUAAAAAAUAAGCUGUGCACGUAUAAUAUAUCUGAUCAAUAACAAGAUGUGGAUGUGCUAAUGCACACUUGCAGAUAUUUUAAGAUUUAAAACUGUAAAAAAAAACAUGACAUCUGAAUCUAGUUGAGUGUCACCUUGUUUGGCUCCCUGGGUGGCUGUUAGUUCUAAGUAUUUUUGAGUACUCUGGAGCACUGGAGAGAUGCCAGUGAAGACUGAUUUCACCACAAGCACCGGCCCGUGUUAAUUUUAUACCUAUCCUUUCCCCCCUCAUCCUUCAUUUAUCAUUUUUUCCCUGUUCUGGUCUAAGGGUUCCAUCUAUGUAUAGGCGGCCUGCCUUUGUAGAGUUACGACAGCCACAUGACCCCUCACCCCCCCAACACACCAGAAAAAGGGGGCUGCCUUAGGUUCGCUAUGCGAGGCUUUCUAAUCCAAAUCUCCACUCAAUGUACAAGUCCAACCCAGUGAGUGUGACAACUGUAAGUCAAAUGUCUAAAGUUUUAUGGGAAUGUACCUUACCUUUGCAUUUCGUCUUUUGUGGCUGAGUGCAGUUCCUCUCCAGUGAGAGAGACUGUCCAUGUUGAGGGGAAGUGGGAUCACAUCUGCUGCUUGGCUCUAGAAAUUAAAUCCCCCACAAUAAAUGCGCACAAAAGGAAAUCAUGUUUUGUUUGAGACCUUGCUUUUUGCGUCAUUAAUAUUCAUUGAUUGUGUUUUUGAGUUUUGCUUAAAUGUUAUUUUGUUUGUUUUUAAUUUGUUCAAUAACACCAUGACCGUUUCCCCAGAAUUAUACUAUAUUUUAUCUAAAUUGCUAUUUGAGCGAAAUUACCCAAGGUAAAGCACAACAAUGAAUAAAAUUGGACAAGUUGUUUGAUUGAUCAUAUUUUCUUUUCUAGUUAUUUUGUAUUUUUCCCCCACUAAGUUAUAUCCGUAGUCUAAUCUUAAGGGACAUUUCAAACAAACCAAUGUCAAAAUCUGUCAGUAUUUAAUCCUUUACAAAAAUAACAUAACUGGUACAUUACUUUGCUGAAGGCUUGGUGCAUUGUGGUUUACCUUUGUAUACUCUGUCCUUAAUGGGCAAAUCAGACUAUUUUCUAAAGAUAUUUCACAUACAGUAUACACUUUCUCACGUGCACACACACUUGGCCAUUGGAUAAAGCGAGGUACACAAAUGGGAAUGGGUCCUUUUGUAAGGCGGCUCUCACACUUUCCCAUUUCUGACCACUGGAAGGUGGGGGCAGUGUGAAAUCAUUUUUCCCACAUCAGAAUAGCAGGGCAUGCAUUUUAGAUCUUACAGGAAGAGCUUAUUUUAUCCCAUUUCUCACUUUAUAGUUCUCUCACUGAUGGUAGCAGAGACUUAUUCAAUAUGCCUGUAUCCCCUAUUAUUUAAAGUGACUGGAAACUUUGUCCAUUACUCAGUUAUCUUACCAUGUGCAUUUUCUGUGUUGCAUACUUUGAGUUUGGAGCAAUGUCAUUUAAAUUUCCCAUACAAUUCCCUUCCAUGAAUUAGUGUUGUAUAUUUUGUCCUGAAAAUGUGUUAUGUUAAAGUGACUGCAAUUCCGUAGUCUAAACCAUGCAGAAUUUGGUCAUUUGCUUAUUACUUAUGGGUAUGUAAAGUUUUUUUUUUUUUUUUAUCCCCAAGUGAAACCAAAGGAUACUUCACAUUGACCCUGUUGCCUUUCAUAAUUGCGCUAAUGCUUCUGUCUAAUUUUGGUUUCACCUUUGCAUCAUAAGUUCUGUUGCCACAGCUCAUGAUUAAUUUAAUCAGCAUGGCUCAGUCAUUCCAUAUGAGGAAAUUGAGCUGAUCUGUACAGAUCAUUAUAAAACUCCUUUAUAAGUGUUAGUUCAAUUGUGUUGAUGGCUAUGUGGUCAUAUCUGAUACACUCAUUGUGACAAUGUUGGUUUGAAACAGACCCCGAAGAAUGUUUUGAAGAUGGUUUGAAACAGACACUAAAGCUGUCAGAAAGCUUUCUGUUGUACACAUUUUAUCCCUGAGUCUUUUUUUAAUGAUUGUGGUCAGGAUAUGUGCUGGCGAAUCGCUUCAAUGAUGUCGUUCUGUUUAGUUUGUGCUUCCUAACACGGUUGUCUGCUGAGGGCUUGUGUUGGGAUAUCAAGCUGAAAACAAACUAUAUGCUGUCUUUUAAUCUCAAUCCUCCAGCAUUCUACUCUUUUUGUUUAUUGUUCAAAUAAAUGAUUGUGUUAAACCGAA